AUGGGAAGUAACAGCAGUAAAUCCAUCAACGAGACAGCUGCUUGCGUACAAAAAAAUGACUUGGAUAUUGACUCUAAUCCUGAUCCUAGAUCGCCUACUCCUGAAAUAACUCGGACUCCUUUACAGAACAAGAAUGGUUCAAAACACAAUAUUACAAAGAAUGUAGACUUAAGAAAAACAUUUGAAAGUGGACAAGCAGAUGAAAAGCUCAUACAUAACAAUCCCAUUCUUUCUGCUGUUAUAAAAAAUCACUUGCAGUCAUAUGAUCCUCGUUCCCCAACACAAGAAUUUGAAAGAACUCCUAUAAUUAUACCUUCCCAUGAUAAAAAUGGAAUAAUUGACAAAAAUAAUUUAAGACUGCAAACUGAGGAUACUUAUGCAAGCCCAUGCUUAAAAAAUGACUUCCAUGACAGUCUUAAUACAUCAGAAGAUGUAAUAAAAUUAAGUCCUGAUUUAAUAGUUGCUAAGAAUUUAUGUGAUAGAUUUUAUGACAUUUCACUCAAUGAAACUGUUAGAGAGAUUGAAGAGCCUUUGGGAUCGUCCACAAUUUCAAAUAAUGCUAUUGAAGAAAAUAUAAAUACUGUUAAUACUGAAAAGCCUACAAAAUUACUCGAAACUAAUUUUGACUAUACAGAAACUGAAAAAUUUGAAGACAGUGAAGAAAUUAUUCAGAAUGAGGAAUGUUUUGAAAAAUCUGAUUUAACAUUAAAAAAAAUCCCUACUUAUCAGAUAUUAGAUGAUGAUCCUCGUUCUCCAUCAACGGGUAUUGAAAGAACACCUAUAGUUGUUACAAAAACUGAGGAGGAUGCAAGUGAUGGUAAUGUUGAAGAAAUGUCGGAUGAUACACUUAUAAAAGCUUUGCAGAGUACAAAUGCAGAACUUUAUCAGACUAGCAACUCUAUCGAUGGUAUCCUAAUAUAUGAAGAUGAAUCAGUUGCAAAUGAUACUCCAAAAAUAGCAAAAUCAGUCAGUAUAAAUGGAUCUAGAACCCCAUUAUCUUGCAUGAAAAACAAGGCAGACACUGAUCACUCACGAUCAAAAUCAGCGAGCACAUAUGAACCAAAAAAAGAAAAGCCUCCAGCGAAACAUCUAAAGCAUGUUUCUCAUAUUCCUAGAUUUAAGGCCUUGUCAAAACAAAUUAUAACAGGCAGUUCAGUUUCACUAAAAAAUAUCUCGAAAACUUCAGUAAUUAGUGGUGAUUGUGAAAACACUCCGCCCCAUUCCCACAGAGACCGAUGGGACAAAGACAGUAGUAUUGUGCUUUAG